CAGCGGCUGACCCCUCCCCAGGCCGGCGGGAGCUGCAGCGCCGUUCUUCUGCCUGGCCCUGCUCGCUAGCGGCGCGGUCGCCCGGACGAGCAGCUCUCGGCGUGCGCACGUCCGUCUGUGCACGCGGCCGGCUCUUGACCCCAAGGGCGGUUGUUUCUACUGCAGUCAUGUCAUUCCGGAAGGUUGUGCGCCAGAGCAAGUUCCGCCAUGUCUUUGGGCAGCCUGUCAAGAACGACCAGUGCUACGAUGACAUCCGGGUAUCGCGGGUCACCUGGGACAGCACCUUCUGUGCUGUCAACCCCAAGUUUGUGGCUGUGAUUGUGGAGGCCAGUGGGGGAGGGGCGUUCAUGGUGCUGCCACUACACAAGACAGGGCGCAUUGAUAAGUCCUACCCUACUGUAUGUGGGCACACAGGGCCUGUUUUGGACAUUGAUUGGUGCCCACACAAUGAUCACAUAAUUGCCAGUGGUUCUGAGGACUGCACUAUAAUGGUAUGGCAGAUCCCAGAGAAUGGUCUGACUCUGCCUUUAACAGAACCAGUAGUAGUUCUGGAAGGACACUCAAAGCGUGUAGGCAUCAUCACUUGGCAUCCAACAGCCCGCAACGUCCUUCUUAGUGCAGGGUGUGAUAAUGUGGUUAUUGUAUGGAACGUGGGAACAACUGAAGAGCUUUACCGCCUUGAUGACCUCCACCCAGACCUCAUCUAUAAUGUCAGCUGGAAUCGUGAUGGCAGCCUUUUCUGCUCAGCAUGCAAAGACAAGAGUGUGCGCAUCAUUGACCCACGCCGUGGGCAGAUUGUUGCGGAGAAGGAGAAAGCCCAUGAGGGAGCACGUCCUAUGCGAGCCAUCUUCUUGGCUGAUGGGAAGAUCUUCACAACUGGCUUCAGUCGUAUGAGUGAACGGCAGCUGGCACUCUGGGACCCAGACAAUCUGGAGGAACCCAUGGCAUUGCAAGAGCUGGACUCAAGCAAUGGAGCCCUUCUUCCCUUCUAUGACCCUGACACCAACGUUGUCUAUGUCUGUGGAAAGGGAGACUCAAGCAUCCGGUAUUUUGAGAUCACAGCAGAAGCUCCCUACAUCCACUUCCUGAAUUUGUUCACUAGCAAAGAGCCACAGCGUGGGAUGGGAUGGAUGCCGAAGCGAGGUCUGGAUGUCAACAAGUGUGAGAUCGCCAGGUUUUACAAGCUCCAUGAGCGCAAAUGUGAACCCAUUAUCAUGACAGUGCCAAGGAAGUCAGAUCUGUUCCAAGAUGACUUGUACCCAGACACAGCUGGGCCAGAAGCUGCCAUGGAAGCAGAAGAAUGGGUGGCAGGGAAGACAGCAGCACCUAUCCUGAUCUCGCUACGUGAAGCCUAUGUGCCCACCAAGCAGCGGGACUUCAAAGUCAACCAAAGAAGCUUGUUGCAUGAGAGUCGUCCUGUCUCUGCCAGCACCGGGCUGAGUGCCACACACCCCAGUGCCACAUCUCAGUCUGCUGCUGCACCUGCCUUUAGCAUUGGCCCUGCCAGUGGGGAAGGUGGGCAGAUAGCUGAAGAGGUGCUGCGUGAGGUAGCAUCACUGCGAGCGCUGGUGGCUGCACAGGGAGAGCGCAUCACACGACUGGAGGAACAGCUGAGCCGCAUUGAGAAUGGUGAUGUUUAGGGGUCAUGGCCCACUGAAGAGACCUCACCAACAUGGAUCUUCUUCAAUGCUUCAUCCUUCUUGAGCUGCCAGUUAUCCCUCACACUGCCUCAACCUGACCUGUGGUGUGAGACAGGGACUUGCCCUCUGUUACUCCUGCUGGGGAAAUGUAUUGGGUUUUGUGUCUGACCAAGUCUCCUCUUCUUGUUGCUCUCCCACUCCACUUUUUUUUAACCAAGGGACAGUUGCUGGGUUCUCCACAUCUGUCUGUUUGCCUUAUUUUGAUCAGGGUCCUUCUACUCCCAUCCCUGUGGCUGGGGUGGCCUCCUCCCCCUUGCCCCUCGUAGGGACCAGAACUAGCUAAAUGCUCUGCCUGACCACCUUGUCUGCUGAAGUCCCACUGGGACUUCCUGAACUCUCAUGGCAGAUGGGUUUGGAUAGAAGCUAGUGCCUCCUGUGAUAGCAUGGGCCAUGCCUCUUUCCCCCUUUUCCCCUGUUAAGACCACAGAGAUCCUGUUGAGGAGGAUUCUUCUGCUUCCUUGCCUGAAUUUAUAUUUGCAAAGAGACCACAGAGGUGGCUGGUGAGUGCGACUGUGAAAGAAACCAGCCAUCCAGUCACUGUCCUAGGAUCACUGUAGUUGGGACUAUACCCCUCUCCGGCUGGUUCUGACUAAAUAACAGAGAGUGAGGUGAGGGGAGAAAAACUAUUCAGGGUCAAGAUCUAUAUUUUCAUUCCAAAUAAAAGCCUUUAUAAAGCCA